AUGGUAUCCAGUAGCCAGACUCAACUGUCUGGUUCUGCAAAUGAACAAAAUAACAGUAAUGUCAAAGUAGUUGUGAGAAUCCGUCCAGAAAACAAUCAAGAACUAGAAGGCAAUUCCAGGACAGUCGUCAAAGUUCUUGAUGAACAUGUUCUCGUCUUUGAUCCCAAGGAGGAAGCCACCGACAGCUUCUUCCAUGGCAAGCGUAUUAGAAAUAUACUUCAGAAGAAAAAUAAGGACAUGAGAUUUGCCUUUGAUAGAGUUUUUGAUGCUUCAUCAACUCAGCAAGAGGUGUAUGAGAAUACAACUAAAGAAAUUAUUGAUGGAGUGCUUAAUGGAUAUAACUGCUCAGUGUUUGCUUAUGGGGCUACUGGUGCUGGGAAAACUUUCACCAUGCUAGGGAGUCCAGAGUCUCCUGGUGUAAUGUUCAAUACCAUGGUGGAGCUGUAUAAACGAAUUGAUAGCAUCAAAGAAGAGAAAACAUGUAAUAUUGCUAUAUCAUAUCUAGAAGUUUACAAUGAAAACAUUCGUGAUUUGUUGAAUCCUGGGAUGCCCCUUGCCGUAAGGGAAGAUUCAACAAAGGGAGUGGUGGUGUCUGGGCUGUCUUUACAUCAACCCAGCUCUGCCGAGGAUUUAUUGCACAUGUUAGAAUAUGGUAAUCAAAAUAGAACACAACAUCCUACCGAUGCUAAUGCUCAGUCAUCAAGAUCACACGCUGUCUUUCAGGUGUUUGUGAGACAGAAAGCCCGGACAGCUGGGCUGAGUGCCGAUGUGAAAGUAGCCAAGAUGUCGCUGAUUGACUUAGCUGGUUCAGAGAGAGCAACUGUUACCACAAACCGUGGUGCAAGGUUCAGAGAAGGCGCCAAUAUCAACAAGUCGCUGCUCGCUCUGGGAAAUUGCAUCAAUGCGUUGGCUAACCCAAAGAAUAAAGGACAGCAUAUACCGUAUAGGGACAGUAAACUGACAAGAUUGUUGAAGGACUCUCUUGGUGGAAACUGUAGAACUGUCAUGAUAGCUGCAGUCAGUCCGUCUCAUUUAACUUUUGAUGACACAUAUAACACUUUGAAGUAUGCAGACAGAGCUAAGAAUAUUCGCUCUAAUUUGAAGAGCAAUGUUGUUAGUGUUGAUUUUCAUGUGACUAAGUAUGUGAAAAUUGUUCAAGAGUUGAGAACUGAGAUUACGGAAUUGAAAGUGAAGCUAAAAUCCUAUGAAGAAGGCAAUGUACAAGCCAGGAAAGGAAACAACAGCAAGGAAGAUGAAGGCAUAGUUAAAAUGCAAGAUCUUCUGAUGAGUUUAUUCAUUGAAAGAUCCAGCAUCAGGCGAGAGUUGAUGGAGCUGGAAUCCUGUGAUCGAGACUUGACAGUCAAAAUAGCUAGAAAGGAAAGGCAUAAAGAAAGACUUCACCUGGUGAACCAUGAACAAUGUGUGAGUUAUUUGUAA